AGCGAAGACAACAAGGUCCUCAACAGUGGAUGAGGCGAGACUACAGCGGCUCAAGACAGCGAAGGAGGUAGACACUGUGAUCGGAACUCAACGAUCCUCAGAAUGGCGGACCCUCUCUACGACAUCUUGAAAUCCCAUCUCCCAACGACAACGGUCUCCACUGCAUCAACCCCCAGCCCCGAGAUAUCCAGAUAUCUGUCUCGUCUAGUCUCCCUCCGGCUCAGCGACCUGACUACAACGGAGCCGCAAUCCCUGGCCCAGUCUGCGCACUCGAAUCUCGUCUCGAUCCAAGCACUAAGCUCCCGCUCUCACCGCACAACAACCACAUCGUCCGACCACCUAUCCACACUCCGCUCAUCGCUGCCAACGUUGUCGUCCUCAGUCGACGCUCUUCGCCAAGCAAUACCAGAUCUCGACGCCAGUGCCGUCGCCUUUGCAUCAUCAUACAACCGCUCCAAGGACGAAACGACAGGCGGCAACGCGCUCUUGAACCUUCGCCGUGAAUCGGCCCUCCUCGCCCGCCAGGCCGACAAGGCUCAAGACAUCCUCGAGCUGCCGUCACUAUUAUCAGCAGCAAUCGCUUCGGCCAGCAGCAAUGCCACCGCCACGUCAACGUCCGGAGCCAACUACAGCCAAGCCCUCGACUUGUUCGCGCACAUCAAGCGCCUCGAGAUCCUCUACCCAGACUCAAAACUCGUCAAGUCCGUCCUAUUCGACGCCGAAAUCGCCAUGAAGGACAUGACGACGAACCUCAUAGCGAGUCUUCGGUCACAAAACAUACGCCUUGCCGCGGCGAUCCGGAUGAUAGGUUGGCUGCGACGAGUUGCUCCCGAGCUUGGGACAGGAUCAACUAAUACCGGCAGCACCGCCAACUCGCGAAGCACGCAGUUCAAGACGAUGCAAACUCCUCAACUUUCGUUAUCCUCAACCACCUCAACACCAUCUCAGGGGGAAGGCCACUUCGGCGCGCUCUUCCUCUGCGCCCGCCUCGCCACAUUCCUCAGCAUGACCGAGGCCCUGGCUCCGCUGCGCGAUCUGGCAGACCAGGAGACGCAAGCUCGCAAAGCGGAUCAUUCCACCACAACCACAAACCGUCGUGGACCGAAUACGCCGGUUGGAGGUCCAUCGCAUCCAGAACCUCCCCGCAAGCCAUCAAGCAGUGGAUCGUACAACGCGCUCGCCGGCCAACAAACGGACCGCUAUCUGAAGCGAUACAUUGAAAUUUUCCGAGAACAGUCCUUCGCGACAAUCAGCAUGUAUCGGAACAUAUUUCCGGACGACGAAGGCGAUGGCCAAGGCACUGAAUAUAGAGAUGGAGACAAAGACAAAGACAGUAACACAUCGUUGUCGCGGUCACCAUCAUCAUCAUCAUCAUCAUCAUCAUCCUCAUCAUCAUCCUUAUCGCUAUCACUCCCGCCAGCACUACAGUCUUUCCCACUCCAUCUCGUCGAGAUGUUCAUGGCGACACUGAAGCAGUAUCUACCCAACGUCACCGAUCCGGCGGCAAGAGAGUCUCUGCUUAUGCAAGUCCUCUACACGGCGAACAGUUUGGGCCGGUUAGGUGCGGAUUUCAGUCUAAUGAUUGCGAUGCUCGAUGAGGACGAUGUGGAGGAUGAAGCCGAGACCGGUACUGUCGCAGAGGCCACGGGCUCGGAACAGAGAGCUGAAGGAGACGUUGAUGGGGAGUCGAAGGGCCAGGACGGCCAAGAUCAGCAAAAAGCUCGAGACGACAAUAGCGAAGUGGAAGACGGGAAAGAGGAAACGGAGAAGGAAAAGGAAAAGGAGCCUCAACCACAACCACAACGGCAGCAGCUGCCAGAACCAGAAUGGAUCUCGGUCAUCAAGAAGCAUCGUGUUCAGGCUGCGAGGCUGGAAGCACUGGCUGCCGGGCAGGAUCGGGUUGUCCAGAGACGAGGGUCGAGUGACAUCGCGUACGAUGACAUGCAGGUUCGCCAUUGUCAGGUCAGGGAGUAGGAGAUGACGAUGAUAGAACUACUCCGUAGAUAGAGACAGAGAACAAUGUGAAAUUCCCCA